GUCUUUUGCACAGUGACUCUUAUUAGCACACUCUUUAUCUCAACUGCUUCAUACCCACUCACUCAAUUGAAUUAUUGUAACAGCAUAAAACAUGGCUUCUCCUCUUGUCGUUGGCCUUGGUCUUCUCGGUGCAGGGCUUGCUGGCCGCGUGGGCUACCAAAUGAUGCGAGCUUCUCGCGGUGGUGCCCAAGAGUUCUUGAAGGGCGGGUUCAAGGCUAAGAUGGACAGGUCUGAAGCUAUACAGGUUCUCGGCCUCAGAGAACCUAUCACCUCAAACAAGUUGAAGGAUGCUCAUCGACGAUUAAUGCUUGCCAAUCAUCCCGAUCGAGGAGGUGCGCCCUAUCUUGCAGGGAAAGUGAACGAGGCCAAGGCUUUGCUUGACAAGGAAGUCGUUCGAAGAUAGUCACGGGCAAUGGGAAGAUGAUAUUUGUGGCCUGCAGACUCUGAAAGGAGGACGCAUCACCCGCUGUGACUCUUAUUUUUGUAUAACUAUGUUGCGACAGCACAGGAUCCUCUUUGGGCAUUUACUUCUACUGGCAUCAUGCACUUCUCUUUAUGGCGA